AGAAAUAUUUAAGGUUACACCUUUCAGUAAACAUUCUCGCGGUAUGAACUACAUUUGAUAAUUAUUGCGGGUGGGAUAAAUUCUAACAUUCCCAGUUACACGUAAAUUGAUGUUUUUUACAGAGUAAAACAUUCUUGAAGUAGGAAAAUAAUCAAUAUUUAGAAGGACGGCGCAAAUCGUAAAAUUGUUUUUAGUACAAGUGAAAAUAUCGAACAGACGUAAGCAGUUAAAAUGUUUCUUAACGAUAGGAAUAUGUAGAUUUAGUAUCAGUUAGUUGUAGUUAAUUUAAAUUUUUUCGGUUAGAAUUGUAAAACAUCAUGAACAGGUACAAUAUUCUACACCAACUUGGCGAUGGCACUUAUGGUUCAGUUGUAUUGGGUCAAAGAAAGGAUACCGGGGAAAAAGUGGCCAUUAAAAGAAUGAAGAGGAAAUAUUAUUCUUGGGACGAAGCCAUGAAUCUUAGGGAAGUUAAGUCUUUGAAAAAAUUACAUCAUUCGAAUGUGGUGAAAUUAAAAGAGGUUAUAAGAGAAAACGAUGUAUUAUAUUUUGUGUUUGAAUAUAUGCAAGAAAAUUUAUAUCAAUUAAUCAAAGACCGAAGAGUGCCUUUUCCAGAAUCAGUCGUUAGAAAUAUCAUAAAUCAGAUCUUACAAGGUUUAGCGUUCAUUCAUCGACACGGUUUUUUUCACCGAGAUCUGAAGCCGGAAAAUAUACUUUGCUCAGGGCCGGAUUUAGUAAAAAUUGCAGAUUUUGGGUUAGUUCGAGAAAUACGUUCGAGGCCGCCGUACACCGAUUACGUAUCGACUAGAUGGUAUAGGGCUCCGGAAGUUCUUCUACACUCGACUAUUUACAGUAGUCCGAUUGAUUUAUGGGCUUUGGGUUGUAUAGCUGCCGAAAUUUAUACGUACAGGCCUUUAUUUCCAGGAACGACAGAGACGGACCAGUUGUACAAAAUAUGCGCUUUAAGAGGCACUCCAGAUGAAAACAAAUGGCCAGAAAGUUAUCAACUAGCCGGCGCUUUGGGUUUCAAAUUCCCUUAUUUUGCCAAAACCCCCCUUAACGACGUUGUACCACAAGCAGGAUCGAAUGGGAUCAGCUUAAUAGACGAAUUCCUCGAAUGGAACCCCAUCCAUAGACCUACAGCACAAAGUGCGUUAAAACAUCAAUAUUUCCAGGUUAAUCAGUUGAGCGCCCUCCAAACGAACCGCCAAAUCCAAGCGAAUAGUGCCUUACAGUCUCACACUAACGGAAAAAUAUCCACGCAGGAACCACCAGAUCCAUUAUUCCCAAAUCCCCAAACUCAAGUCCAUAUCCAAACAAACGGUCGAUCUGUAAUCAAACAAUUGUCCAAUUCCAACCAACCCGCCGUUCAAAUAAAUAUCCAAUCGUUGAUAAAACCCAUGGAAAAUUUGGAAAAACCCAGGUUGCAAGGGGCGCCUAUCGUCUAUAGUUUCGGACAAUCCGAUUACGGGAGUAAAUAUCUACCGUCGAUUUUCGAUAAUAUGAAUAAAAUUAAUAAGGCCAGAGGAGGAGUGGUGAUACCUAAUAAGAAAAUUAGUUGGGGGUUCGAGACGAAUUUUGAGUACGAAGAUGAUUUUGCUGAUAUUUUAGGUAAAAUAAAGCUGCCUGCUUCAGAGAAGAAAAAAGAUAAUUCGAAAGUGAAUUUGAGUCAGUUUAAUUUGCAAGAUAUUUUGGAACCUUUGGCGAAAGCUAGCGCGGGAACGAUUCGGAACCAAUAUUUGAACGUUCCUAAAUAUAUAAACGGACAAUCUACAGUGCGACGAGAUUCUAACAUUAGUUUAUUUUCGAAUUUUUCUAAUAACGGAAGAAACAGUGGCGUACAAAAUAAACAAUCCAGCAAAUUGGAUAUGCAGCCAAUGUGGACGGAUUUCGGAGACUUGAAUUCGGCGAAAAGAAGAUUUGGAAAUAUGAAAAUUACCAAUACGAACGGUUACGAUUUGACAGCCAAGUAAUUAUAAUCUUUUUGACGAUACGCUGUUGGUAAAAAAAGAAGAUUAUGGAUUCUAAUCUGUGAUAGUCAUUUAUUUUUAUAGGUAGAUGUCACAUUUUCCAUGUUAAUAUAAUAUUAUUUAAAAAAAAAACUGUAUAAUUCUAACACAAUAAAUUAUAUAUGUUAACUAUGA